GUUCUCAGUGAAGACCCUCCUGGAGAAGUACACGGCAGACCCCAUCGAUGACUCCUCUGAGGAGUUCGUUAACUUCGCUGCCAUCCUCGAGCAGAUCCUCAGCCACCGCUUCAAAGGCCCUGUCAGCUGGUUCAGCUCCGAUGGGCAGCGUGGGUUUUGGGACUACAUCCGCCUGGCCUGCAGCAAGGUCCCCAACAACUGCGUCAGCAGCAUCGAGAACAUGGAGAACAUCAGCACCUCCAGAGCCAAGGGCCGGGCCUGGAUCCGCGUGGCGCUGAUGGAGAAACGCAUGUCCGAGUACAUCUCCACUGCUCUGCGGGACACACGGACCACCAGGAGGUUCUACGACGACGGAGCCAUCAUGCUGCGCGAGGAGUCCACGGUGCUCACCGGGAUGCUCAUCGGGCUCAGCGCCAUUGACUUCAGCUUCUGCCUGAAGGGUGAGGUGAUGGAUGGUAAAACACCUGUGGUCAUUGACUACACGCCCUACCUGAAGUUCACACAGAGCUAUGACUACCUGAGCGAGGAGGAGGAGCGGGGCAGCGUGGAGAGCAGCACAAGUGAGGACAGCUCACCUGAACACCCCUACCUGCCCCUGGUCACGGAUGAGGACAGCUGGUACAACAAGUGGCGCAAGAUGGAGCAGAAAUUCCGCAUUGUUUAUGCCCAAAAGGGGUACCUGGAGGAGCUGGUGAGGCUGAGAGAGUCACAGCUGAAGGACCUGGAGGCAGAGAACAAGCGGCUGAAGCUGCGGCUGGAGGAGGUGAUGGUGCAGAACCAGCUGGAGAAGAGGGAGCUGGAGGGUGUCAUCCUGGAGCUGCAGGAGCAGCUGUGA